CGAGAGAGAAUAGGUGUAUUCUAACCAUUCUUCCUCUGGAUGAUAAUGCCAUAUGGUGGUCUAGUUUAGUGGGAGAAAGCGCGCGCUCCUUCCAUGGAGAUCACUCUGCACUCAUGUCCCUCUACCAGAGAAGUGCUUCCCUUGUCGACACCAUUCACUCUUAGCAAAAACCCAUUUCACACUUUUACUCCUCAUUCUCGUUUCCAUUUCGAAAGGCUUCAAUUUAACAGGAAGCUCUUCACCUUGGAAACCAGAGAUAAACAUUAUGCAAGACACAAAGCCAUGGAAACUUCAUCUGAGGAUUCUUCGUUAUUAUCAUUGAAUAAUAAACCUAACAGAAACCUGGCUUUGCUGGAUGAAUAUGAGCUUGAAGAAUUUGAAACCGAAGUGAAUGCGACACACCAAAGUGGUUAUGUAGCUGUUUUGGGCAAGCCAAAUGUUGGAAAGAGUACACUUGCAAACCAGAUGAUUGGUCAGAAGCUUUCAAUUGUUACAGAUAAACCUCAGACUACAAGGCAUCGUAUUCUGGGCAUCUGUUCUGGCCCUGAAUAUCAGUGGAUGGGAGUUUUGCAGAUGAUAUUGUAUGAUACACCUGGUGUUAUCGAAAAGAAAAUGCACAAGCUGGACACAAUGAUGAUGAAAAAUGUUCGCAGUGCUGCCAUUAAUGCAGAUUGUGUUCUCGUCGUUGUAGAUGCAUGUAAAACACCUUCAAAGAUUGACGAAGUUAUGGAAGAAGGUGUAGGAAACAUCAAGGGGAAGGUGCCCACUUUGCUGGUGUUGAAUAAGAAGGAUUUGAUUAAACCUGGGGAAAUAGCAAAGAGACUAGAGUGGUACGAGAAGUGUGUCGAUGUUGAUGAUGUUAUACCUGUGAGUGCUAAAUAUGGUCAUGGCAUCAAUGACGUGAAGGAUUGGAUCUUGUCAAAACUUCCUGUUGGGCCUGCUUACUAUCCCAAGGACAUAGCAAGUGAGCACCCAGAGAGAUUUUUUAUAGCAGAAAUUAUUCGGGAGAAAAUUUUCAUUCAAUACCGUUAUGAAGUUCCUUAUGCAUGUCAGGUCAAUGUGGUGAAUUACAUCACUAGACCGACCUCAAAAGAUUAUAUUGAGGCUGAGAUUGUGGUUGAGAAAAAUUCUCAAAAGAUGAUUCUCAUUGGGAAAGAUGGGAAGUCUCUUAAGGUACUAGCAACGGCAUCACGACUUGAUAUUGAAGAUUUCUUGCAAAAGCAAGUCUUUCUUGAGGUGGAAGUCAAGGUGAAAGUGAACUGGCGGCAAGACGAAGGUCUACUCAAACACUACGGCUAUGGAGGCCAAAUCCGGGUCAUAUGACACUGUCUUUCUAUUGUAUUAAGAAGGAGAAGCACGUAACUCACCCAAAAAAGAAGCACAAGCAUGUAUGUAGCAUAACCCUUAGCCACUAGCGCGUGGUGCUUUAUUUUCUCAUUAGUUUUUCUAAGCUCAUAUUGGUCUUGUAUCAUUUUAACAUCGUCUUUCAUGUCAAUCAUUGAUUCUCUUAUCUCUAAA